AACUUAUGCUUUGGCAAAGAUAGUUUUGCCCUUACAGCAGCAUAUGCGGACGUCAUGCGUAUGCAUCCUUGAAUAUGCGCACCUUUAGUGUUGAUAUUAUUGAAAACAAUUGUUAGAAAGACAGUUUUCGUUUUAGAAUUAUUGAAAAGAAAUGUCGGAGUUGUGUGAACCCCUUAUGCUCUCUAAAGACAUAAAGAGGGCUAUAGAAUUAUUAGACAAAUUGCAAUCCAGUGGUGACUUUCCUACAACAAAGUUAUCUGCUCUGCAAAAGGUGCUCCAGAGCGAUUUUCUGAAUGCUGUUAGAGAAGUUUAUGAACAUGUGUAUGAAACCGUCGAUAUCCAAGGCUCCCAGGACGUAAGAGCUUCAGCAACUGCCAAAGCUACAGUCGCCGCAUUUGCAGCAAGCGAGGGCCAUGCCCACCCUAGGGUCGUAGAAUUGCCGAAAACAGAAGAAGGCCUCGGAUUCAAUGUUAUGGGAGGCAAAGAACAGAACUCACCAAUUUACAUAUCGCGAAUAAUACCUGGCGGUGUGGCUGAUAGACAUGGUGGAUUAAAACGUGGGGAUCAACUUUUGUCUGUAAAUGGCGUUUCUGUGGAAGGUGAAAACCACGAAAAAGCUGUGGAACUACUUAAGCAAGCAGUUGGAUCUGUGAAGUUGGUAGUUCGUUACACCCCAAAGGUUUUAGAGGAAAUGGAACUGAGAUUUGAUAAGCAACGCACCACGCGCCGCCGUCAGUGAAUUAAUAUAAUACUUUGGUAAUGAGUUAAUUCAGAUAAAAUUAACUGUUGUAGUUUCUAUUUAAGUUUAUAAUUUAUUGUAAAUUUAAUAAUUGCCACUCAUAUAAAGAAAUACGUAUGCAAAAUAAAAAAAAAACAGUCACGGCAAAAA